AUGAUCUGGUUUGCCCUGCUCGUUUCGAUGACACUUGCGACGCCCAUCAACUACCUGUUGCCUGCUUCUUCCAUCGCCGAUUUGGUCGAGCGCACACCAAAUUCGGUCGUGGAAGGUCAUCUCGUCGUCGAGCGUACUAACACGCCUGGUUACGAUUUCUUCAUCUCUUACGGCGCUGCUGCUACGUGCCCAGUCAGCGCAAUCAACUCGAUCGAUAAAAUCUGUCUUGCUGCCGGCUUGAGCUCGAGUGGCAAGCAGUGUGCGGAUGUGCUUGCAGAUACGGGUGGCAGCAGCAUUGGCGAUAAAUGCGUUUUCACCAGCGCACCGGUCGGCAACGUUGCUUCGGAGGAGCUCUCGCUCGAAUGA